AUGGAGGGGCACACGGAAAUGGAGAUACUAAGGACACUGAAGGGAUCUUCCACAGGGGAGGUCAGUGUGCACCUGGUGGCCAGAGACAGCGCAGGCUCCCGUCCUCACCUGCCUGCAACUGCCUUUAUUAUUCCUACCAAUGCAGCUACCCUUGGUCUGCCCAGCACAGCCCUGGAUGUGUCCUAUCCCCGGGAGCCAGUCCAUGUGGGCACCCUGGAGCGGGUGACUAGCACCAGUGAACCAGUUACUGCCACCAUUCUGCCACAGCUAAGCACCGGGUCGGGGACCAAUAGCACAGUCAGGCUUCUGGAUUGGACAGGGGUUUCCACACCUUCAGCUGGGAGUGGCCUGCGGUUCCGGAUAAGUGAGUACGCGCCACUGAAUAUGAUGGGAGUAGAACGACCACCAUGCCCGGAACGACAGCAAGAAGGGCUGGUCAGACAUGAAGGUGGCCCUACGGGAGGCGAUACGGGCACCCAGCACCCCGAAGAUGUCCACCGGAACCCUCAAGAAGUCACCUCUCAGGAACCCCCAAAGGACGCGAGCUCCUGCGAGUGCCAGACUUGUGGACCUCAACAAGGCACUGCCCCAGACCUGGGUUCUUCAGGCGACCGCUUCCCUCCGCCUUUUCAGAAGCGGUCAGUCAUAGUAGAGAACUCAGGCUGUACCAUCGCUUCUGAGCUCCUAAAACCCAUGAAGAAGAGGAAACAUAGGGAGUACCAGAGUCCGUCAGAGGAGUCGGAGCCAGAGGCCAUGAAGCAAGGAGAAGGAAAAGAUCCAGAGAGACAGCCUACUGCCAACACCCCAGAGAGUGAAGAGUGGAGCAGGAGCCAGCUGGUGUCGGGAGAGAAGAAGGAAGGCUGGUCCUGGGAGUCCUACUUGGAGGAGCAGAAGGCUGUCACUGCCCCAGUCAGCCUCUUCCUGGACUCCCAGGCAGUCACCCGUCACAAGAAUGGCUUCAAACUGGGCAUGAAGCUGGAAGGCAUUGACCCUCAACACCCGUCCAUGUACUUCAUCCUCACCGUGGCUGAGGUGUGUGGCUACCGGCUGCGCCUGCACUUUGAUGGGUAUUCUGAGUGCCAUGACUUCUGGGUCAAUGCCAACUCCCCUGACAUUCAUCCUGCUGGCUGGUUUGAGAAGACUGGACACAAGCUGCAGCCUCCCAAAGGUUACAAGGCAGAAGAGUUCAGCUGGAGCCAGUACCUGCGCAGCAUGAGAGCUCAGGCAGCCCCCAAGCAUCUGUUUGCAAGCCAAGGCCACAGCUCUCCACCCGUGGGCUUCCAGGUGGGCAUGAAGCUGGAGGCUGUGGACCGCAUGAACCCAUCCCUCGUCUGUGUGGCCAGUGUGACUGAUGUGGUGGACGGCCGUUUCCUGGUGCACUUUGAUGACUGGGAUGACACCUAUGACUACUGGUGUGAUCCCAGCAGCCCCUACAUCCACCCGGUAGGCUGGUGCCAGAAGCAAGGAAAGCCCCUGACCCCUCCACAAGACUAUCCAGACCCUGAUAGCUUCUGCUGGGAGAAAUAUCUAGAAGAAACUGGGACCUCAGCUGUGCCUACUUGGGCCUUCAAAGUGAGACCCCCUCACAGCUUCUUGGUCAACAUGAAGCUGGAGGCUGUAGACCGCAGGAACCCAGCACUGAUUCGGGUAGCCAGCGUGGAAGAUGUGGAGGACCAUCGGAUAAAGCUCCACUUUGAUGGCUGGAGUCACAGCUAUGACUUCUGGAUUGAUGCCGACCACCCGGACAUCCAUCCCGCCGGCUGGUGCUCCAAGACAGGACAUCCCCUGGAGCCUCCUCUCCGACCCAGAGAAUCCAGCUCUGUCUCACCUGGGGGCUGCCCCCCUCUCAGCCACAGGAGCCCACCCCACACAAAGCCCUCCAAAUACAGCUUUCAUCAGCGGAAGUGCCCCACUCCCGGCUGUGACGGCUCCGGCCAUGUCACAGGCAAGUUCACAGCUCACCAUUGCCUCUCUGGCUGCCCGCUGGCCGAGAGGAACCAGAACCGGCUGAAAGCAGAGCUGUCCGACUCGGAGACUGCAGCCAGGAAGAAGAACCUGCCUAAUUUGUCCCCAAGGAAGAAGCCCCGCCAUCAAGGCCGGAUUGGACGCCCUCCAAAGUAUCACAAGAGUCCACAAGAAGAUUUCCAAGCCCUUCCUCCCAGUGUAGUGCACCAGUCCCUCUUCAUGUCCAGCUUGUCAACCCACCCCGACCGCCCACUCUCCGUGUGCUGGGAGCAGCAUUGCAAGCUCUUGCCAGGAGUGGCGGGCAUCUCGGCCUCCACGGUCUCCAAGUGGACCAUUGAAGAGGUCUUUGGCUUCGUUCAGACCUUGACAGGCUCCGAGGACCAAGCUCGCCUCUUCAAAGAUGAGGCAAGACCAAUCAUAGUCACCCAUGUCUGUGGGAGAAAUCUUGUAGGGACUGUGGCCUGGCUUGGGGAUACUAUGUUCAGAUCCCCUUUGGGAAGGAAAAUGUAUCCUGAAGAAGGAAUCCGUUUGCUCUUGUGCUCUCUGCCCAGGGCUGUUUGAGUUGAAGCAUUUCACAGUACUGGGGAGCAGACACAGCUUCAGCCAGGCUGAACAGGUAUUCCACUACUGAGCUACAUCCCUGCAUACCACUGAGCCCAAAGCAGAUAGUGGGGGCAUAGGUGUAGGUAUUUGCUGCAGAGAUCCUAACACACUGAAGUCAACACCCAAGCGCUUAGGAAAGACAUGAAGCUGUGAGUUAUAGGAAGAAGAAUCUUGUAUAAAAUUAGAGGGACCAACCUUAAUAUUAAUACUUCCCAGGGGCUCAGGAGAGAAACUACGAAUGGCAAGGACUCUUUUUGGGAAAUAGAAUCUCAGCACACUGAGCUCUAUAGUCCACUUGCUUUAAUUCCUCUGGCAUAACAUUCUAUUUACACAGCUUCAGUUCUGUUCUCAUGCCUAGCUCCUUUCUUGCCUGAUUUUUCUCUGUAUUUAUUUACUGCUCCCUCUAAGUUCUAUCUUAAUUCUCUCAUCUUAAUUCUGCCUCAUCUAGGUCCUUUUCACCUUGUUCUUACCCAGCUAGUACUUCCCCAUCUGACUCUUCCUCAUCUUCCAUCUCGUCCACAUGUACUCUCUGGUCAAAAUCUUUCUUAUCCCUCUCUGUUCUCCAUCUCUCUGUCCUCCCCAAGUCUCUCAGGAGUCUAGUUAUAAACCCAAGCAAUAGCAAUCCCCUGGUCGAGCAAGGUCACCAGGCUUGAAUUCUCUGGGGUCAAUAAAGGUAGGUAAGAAUUUUCCUCAGGCAGUGACCACCAGGCUUCCAGGGUCAAACGGAGGGGUGAUAAGAAUCACAUAGAGCAGCAGUAAUUGUUAAUUAUCAUUUGCAACCCAAAAGGGAAGUGACUAAUGAAUUAACUAAAGGCUAAAUUUGGGUAAUAUCUAAGAAGAGGGAUCUUAUAUGCUCAACUAUAACCUUAAAUGUGAUUGGUAGAAAAUGUUAAUAAUCUAUAAGUUGCUAGGUGAAUGGGAGAAAAUAAAACUGCCUUCUUUUUACCUGU